CUUCUCGUCAACAUUCGCUAUUCGGCAUGGGCUAACUUCGGCAUGGUAGGCCCAGAUGAAACCCUGACCCUGUCCCGAAAUCAUUUCUAUUUCACUCCGGCUACCCCACGUACUUUAACUUUAUCCUGUCCUUUACCUCCACCGCUUCCUCGCCAUGGAGACGUACCACGGCCAUGUUCGCACGCCCAACGAUGCGAUCCUACUCUUCGAAGCCUGCCGAAUAGGCUUGCUGCCCCGCGUGCAGCGCCGCCUGUCUGAGAAGGAGCGCCAGCAGAUCAAGUCGGGAUCCGUCUUUGUGUGGGAUGAGCGGGAGGCGGGCAUGCGGCGAUGGACCGACGGAAAAUCGUGGAGUGCAAGCCGCGUCUCCGGCAGCUUCCUGACCUACAGGGAGAUGGAAGGAAAGCGAGGAGGCACCAACCUCACCCAGCCGGCGCCCAAGCGAGCGAGCGGGAAAUCCCCGGACGGAUCAGCCACGGGAGACUCUGAAGGCGAAGGUCCAGAUGGCUACCGAUACAAGCCGGACGGGCUCAUGAAGCAGUCCUUCAGUAUUACAACGUCAAGCGGGCAACAUCUGCAUCUGAUCAGCUACUACUCGAGAUCGAAUUCGCAGCCUUUGAAUCAGCCGUCCACCGACCCGUCACUCCGUCACAUUCGGCCUCCCAAGAACAUGUAUCCAGAGUCCACCGUAAAUGAGACCCAGACUGUUCCUGCAGUCACUCGCGGACCAAUGCCCGGCUCACCCUAUGCAUCUGCUCCUCACACCAUGGGCCCGUCGUCGCCAUAUUCGCGUCCAGGACCCCCACAACAGCCUGUUUACGUGGGCGUGUACCACCCGCCAACCCCGCCAAACGGCACCCCUCCAUUCCAGCAUGCUUAUUAUGGGCAGCCGCAGUAUCAGUAUUUCGCCUUCCCUCCCGGAGGAGUCAUCUAUCCCGCCCCUCCCUCAUACCAUCCUGCUCAGGGCCAUGUUUUUGAUCGCCCACCGCCGCCGAUUAGCAACAGCGCUAUCCCACAUCCGCCUCCCGGCCAUCCUAUGCUCGGCGUUCAACACGGUUACCCAGGUCAUCCACCACAGUACAUUCCGCACCCUCCUGCGCGGGCUAUGCAAGCAACAGAGCUCGCUCAGCACCAGUAUCAGCCGCAACGAAAUGUCCCACCCGCGCCUGCUCCCAUCUCGUCGAUCCCGGAACAGGGUCCUCAGUUGCCCGCUAUCAAUAGUACUACGCCCACGUCGGACCACAAGCCACCGACACCACAGCCUACCAGCGCUGGACCACAAGAGUCUUUGGCGCCGCCGGAGACCAAUGGUGUUGUCGGAAUGAACGAGCCAUCGCCCGCCCGGACUAUACCCAAAAUUGGAUCUAUCCUCAACAAUCAAGAUCACAGCGCUGAUGUCCAGAGCAACAGCCGCUCAGGUAGUCGAAGCCCCAAUAGCUCCCAGCCGCCAAUCCGAGAGCUCCCGCCAGACAGGCUUGCCAGCAUGAGCACAACCACUGAUACACGUGCUCUGGACAAACUCAACAGGAAUAUGUUUGUCCGAACCUAGGCAGGGGUCUCUCCCCGAGUCCUUGAGCUACCUCCUUUUCACUCUUUUCCUUUUGCCAAUGGAUCAACGGUCGUGUUAUCUGUGUAAAAAGCUGGAGUGGGAUUUUGUUUGCAUUAACGACUCUGCAUAUGGGCGGCGUUCGAAGGUCGCGGUCAGUUCGACCACAAUGCGGCUUGGCAUACUGGGAGAGCCAGAAAGGCUCAGGAGUUUUGGCGCAUCAAUCUAGCGAUAUCCCUGGUUGCGUGAGUCGUUGGAUCUAUGGCGCAUCCUCGACGAUGCUACUUCAAUGUUGUUUUCUUUUCAAAGUACGGUACAUAACAGGCAAAGUUGUCUGGUAAUAUCAUGAUUGUGCUCAAC